GCUUUAGCUGCCCUCUGAACCAAGUUGCCCUCUGCCAAUAUCUCUCACCCACACCUCCUCCCAAACAGUAGAACAGGAAACCCGCAGCUUUUGCAGGAUUACCUAGGACUUUUCAUCUAAAUCUCUCUCUCUCUUUUUCCUACAAGUCUAGUACGUGUUUACGUUUUUAAUAACACAUUAUGAAGGCUCUGAUUCUCGUCGGUGGUUUUGGUACUCGUCUUCGUCCCUUGACGUUGACUUUGCCUAAGCCUCUUGUUGAAUUUGGCAACAAGCCCAUGAUUCUGCACCAAGUCGAGGCUUUGGCUGCUGCUGGUGUUACCGACAUCGUUUUGGCCGUUAACUAUCGUCCCGAGAUUAUGGUCCAAGCUUUGAAGAAGUAUGAGGCUGAGUACAACGUGAAAAUCACCUUCUCAGUUGAGAACGAGCCUCUGGGCACCGCUGGUCCCUUGGCCCUUGCCCGUGACGUUUUGGGCAAGGACGACUCGCCCUUCUUUGUCUUGAACAGCGACGUUAUUUGCGAUUACCCUUUCGCCGAUCUCGCCAAGUUCCACAAGUCCCAUGGUCGUGAGGGUACGAUUGUUGUGACGAAGGUGGAUGAGCCCUCCAAGUACGGUGUCGUCGUUCACUACCCCGACUCUCCUUCCUUGAUUGAGCGCUUCGUUGAGAAGCCUGUUGAGUUUGUGUCGAACCGUAUUAACGCCGGUAUUUACAUCCUCAACCCUUCUGCUCUUGACCGCAUCGAGCUUCGUCCCACCUCCAUUGAGAAGGAAAUCUUCCCUGCCAUGGUUAACGACAAGCAGUUGCAUUCCUUCGACCUCGAGGGCUACUGGAUGGACGUCGGCCAGCCUAAGGAUUACCUUACCGGUACCUGCUUGUACUUGUCUUCCUUGCGUAAGCGCAAGCCCGAGCUCCUUGCCGGCUCUAGCGAAAACAUUAUUGGCAACGUCCUCAUCGACCCUACUGCCAAGAUCGGCAAAGACUGCAAGAUUGGCCCCAACGUUGUCAUUGGCCCCAACGUCGUUGUCGGUAACGGUGUCCGUCUUCAACGCUGUGCUCUCCUCAAGUCCUCCCGUGUCCGUGACCAUGCCUGGGUGAAGAGCAGCAUUGUUGGCUGGAACUCUACUCUUGGUUCUUGGAGUCGUCUCGAAAACGUUUCCGUUUUGGGUGACGAUGUCGCUGUGAACGACGAGAUUUACGUCAACGGCGGAAGCAUUCUUCCUCACAAGAGCAUCAGUGCCAACAUUGAGGUUCCUGGCACCAUUGUUAUGUAAGCAGUGAACGACAAUUCUACUGCACGUGCACAUUUUUGCUCUUGCUCUCUUUUUCUGUCUUUCUCUUUCUUUCAUACUAUUUUUUACAUUCUCUUUCUCAUUCUCUCUUACCUUUUCGCUUCUUCCCCGCUACCUAUUGAGAAUGGUUUCAUUUUUGCACGUUUUCCUGUGAACUUUAGUCCUUUCUCAAACUAGUUAUGGCUUUCCUUUUAUCCUUUUUAUUUCUUGAAUAGGAUUCCUCUUUCUAGUUUUCUUUCUUGGAUACAGCCACUUGCUCGUUCAAAAUCGCACUGGAAGUUGUGUAUAUAUGUGUGUAUGUAUGUGCUGUACUCUCUACUUGCCAUCAAUUCUCUUCUUUGGGUUCCCAUCUUUCCCUUACGGAUAUUACAUCCAGUAUUGGCACCUUGCAGUUCUCUCCACCUUGUCUCUUCCGUUUGCUGCAUGCGUCUGUGUGCAUGAAUUGUUGCGACCUUCCGCAUGCCUCCCACCGUUGACUGGCAAGCCUGGGUUUAAAGAUUCUGCGGCACGCAAGAACGCGUUUGUUAUGACUUUGUUACCGUUUGCGGAGGCUGACUGUUUGGUUAUGGUUUCUCUCCCCGUUAGUUUAUUCUCGUAGCAAAUUUCAUGGUCAAGUCGCAUUCUUUUACACUGGGCUUGGUUAUGGAUGCAGUGUAUGCGUCUGCGUUUGGAGGGAACUGCUGUCAUAACUGUUCUGAAGAGCGGUAACGAAUUGCAUGUCCAUUUUCACAUGUGGACGGAAUGGUUUGCCUGUUGGGGAAGCGAGCGUUUCUAUGCUGUCGGUUUCAGUGUUAUUAGAAUGACAUUGGUCUUGCAUCUGGAUGCUGUUUGUCUUCUUUCGGUUAAACUUAUUCUCUUAAUAAUUGGCGGUUCGGUGUGUUCAAUGGCGAAACGUGAGAAUGAGUAUGCGUGUGUGGGCGAUUUCUUUUUAAUAAAGUUUGAUCAAACCAGUCGAAUUCCGACUGUUAAUUCAUAUCGUCCAAACCAGACUUUGCAUGAAUUUGGAGUGUUUUGGAGUUGUGGGCAAAUGUGUUACCAGGUUGGAUAUGUUACGUUGAGUUGGGGGAUGCUGUUGUUUCUAUUCAAUA